GUCCACGGCCCGGGAGUUGGGGACCCCUGGUUCUGAGGACAUUGUGGGCGGAGCCUCAUUGGAAACACCAGGCAGUUCGACCUAUAGAACCACACGUACUUCCUUCUCCAGCAGAAUAACAGCGAAACAUCGGAAGAGACGAGACGCGCACGAGAAGCAGCCUCACGUUCAUCUCACUGACCAACUCCAGGAAACAUCAUGACCACCGCUGACAAGCUGCUGGAGCAGAUGUUCUCCUGGAUCGACCAGAGGAGUCGCUGUGCGGACCAACUGGUCAAACUGGCCCGGGAGCUCGAGUCCCUCAGGCAGAAAUGCAAAGGCGGUGAAUGUGUGGGCAGCUCGGUGGCUGUGGUGGGGGCUGCGUGUGUGAUCGGUGCCGGCGUCACCUUCCUCACCGGGGGAGCAGCUGCUCCAUUUUUAGGUUUGUUGGGAGGAACAUAUUUAGGAGCAGGUGCCGUCAUCUCUGUGGCCACGAAACUCCUCGAGCACUUCCUGUCCGGCAGCACCAUGAAAGACGCAAAGGAAAUCGAAGAGAAAAGCAACAAAUUAGCAAAAGACAUUCAGCGACUGUUUGAGAAACUGAAGUCGGAGAAGACGGAGGCGAACAGAUUCGCUGACCCGGACGAUUUGGACAGACACAUCCUGACGGACAUCAUGAGAGCUGUGGCAAGACGAAGUGGAGUGAAGGUGAACAUCAACUUCAGAAUGAUCGCAGACGAGCCGAAUUGGUCUACUGGUGGAGGACUACAUAACACAAGGUUCGGUCCCGGCCUCAACCUCCCGAUUCUGGUGACCGUCACGGGAGUUUUAGCGUUUUUCACGCUCGGGUCAAUCGGGAAGAAAUCUAAGUUUCUAUUUGAUAAAGGAAGUCAGCAGCUGAUCACGAAAAUAUCUGUGACUGGAAUGAAAACAGUGCUCAAAGGAGGCGGCAUGCUGGUGGGAGGAGCUAUUGGAAUGGCGUUUGCGCUUAAUGAGGCGAUCGACAGCUGGACAGAUCUGAUCAAGAACAACAAUGUGACUGAAGCCAGCCAAUCCCUGCGAGACACAGCCGAAGCGAUCAGAAAGAUCUCGAAGGCCCUGAGGGAUCAGUUUAAAGAUAUGAAGCAGAUGCUCGAGAAGAUGGAAGAAGAACAGUGCGAGCAGGCGAAGGUUAAACGCAUUAUUGAAAACCCAAACAGAAGCUCUCAAGACGAGGGAGAAUUAUUAAGGUAUGCCAUUGAAGCAUGCCAGAUCAAAGAGGUGCAACAAUGGCUGAGGGAGAAUCCAGGGAUGGAGACUUUCAUCAAACUUGUGGAGUUGUUUCGAUUAAUGAAAAAUCAAAUCAUCAAGAAGUCAAACGAGGACGAGUCUAAUUACGAAGAUAUUGAAGUGGACAUCAUCUUUCUGGCUCACGGAAAGAUCACACAACCCCCGAUUCCAGCUUCCUGUCUCCGGCCCUGGCCCAACAUCCAAGACGUGCUCCUCUAUUCCCCCUGGAACUGUUUCCUCAAUGCUGAUGCAGCCUACGGCAUCGCUACAGGACUCAUGCAGCCUGGGCACAGAAGCUUUUUCUGUGUUCCAGAAAGUGGCUGUAAAACUCCUGAUAAAGGACACCAGCCCAGGAAACUGCCACCUGUCUGGAACUCAAUGAAGGACGCAGGACUGAUUCCAAACAUCAUGGUCAGUACUAUCACGGAUCCACAGGAUGGUGCAUGGACAACUUUUGUCGAUCUAACAGCAGAAUAUGGUACACCACGGAGAGGCCGCAUCCUCGUCCCGUUCAUCCUUGGUGGUUCGGCAGUAACCAUCCCGUUCUUCAUCGUCACCUGGGUCAUGUCUCUGGUGCUGUUUAUUUUCCGGAUCAAAGCCACCGUCCAUCUUGCCGCCUGUCUGGGUGAUGAAUCUACCUGGUGCAAGUUUCCCAGAGAGUUCCUGGAGCAUCAGUACUCCUACACUAUCGACGAGACCGUGAUGACAGCACAGUCCAUGUGGCCCAUCACCCGACCCGACCUGUACAGGAAGCUACGGGCCAUGUUCGAUUAGACGGACAAAACUUCAACAUUUUCUGGAGAUGUCAAGUUCUGUUCCAGUGAAAGUUUUGUCGAUGCCUCAAGCUGAACUGAUUUCCCAGCUCGAUGCAUCUCCGAGUGUUGCAACACGUCGGUAUCAACAAACAAUACCAUUUUAAUCAACGAUCACUUUGAGAACUUCUCAGUCGAUUCUUUUCCCCGCUCGACACAGAUGAGUUAUGAAUGUUAGAAAUCAUAUUUACUAUGAUCUAACCCUGAAGUAGGGCGGCUGUGGCUGAGGGGUCGAGUGGUCGUCCUCCAACCAGAUGGUCAGCUGAUUGGAUCAAAUGUAAUAUAAUGAUGUGGAGGAGUCGGGGUGUCCGACAUGGUCGCACCUGUAAUGGGAAAUUAUAUAAUCAUACUAUACUAUGCAUUAUGAAUGCUUAUGUAACCACACUUAUCUGUGUUUAUGCAUAUUACGUUUGACAAGUUGUCUGUUGGUGACUCACCAGGUGCCGGUCUCUGGGAAUCCAGACAUCGGAGCCACUGAUCACUUUGCUGUCUCCUCCAGUCUUAUCUUCUGGGGUGUACUUCGCAUUUUCACACACACACAAUUUACCUUAUACGCAAACACAUCACCUCUUUUUGUUUGAAAGAGCACAACUGACAAUGUUUCGUGGUCUUCCCCAGCUUCACGUCGGCAUGCUGUAAGAUCGGUUUGAACGUCUUUACCAAAGAAUAAACGUGCACUUGAAAGACAA